AUGCAGCUGAGUUCUGGAAACCCCCAUGGAAAUUCAAAUGAAACAAUGUCAAACAAUCAGGUUGAAGAUCUGGAUACCGAUGAAAACCCAGAUUCUUUCCUAGAUGGGUCUGUCAUGGAGAAGAUCCUCCAGAGGCGAAGCUUGCGCAUGCGAAAUAUGCAGAGAGCUUGGUUGGUAAGGAAAUAUUCGCCGUUGCUCCUCGGCGUUGGAUGUACAGAGAAAACAGAUUGGCCACGCUCUAGUUGUUGCAUAUAA